UGGUCUUUCAUUUCAGGAAUGCCUCUGUAUGCCAACAAGUUGUUUAUGGUGUUGAAAGAGAUGAAUGAUACCGUGUCGGAGGGGGAGAGGGGCUCGGGGCUCUAUGAAUGCCACAACACACAGGGCUAUCCAUAAACAGUGUUUAUGGAAGUCAAUCUAACUCGGCUACGAGGGAUCGCCAAAGAAGAAGAUUCCUGUGCCACCUCCCUGUCAAAAAUUCUGAUAUGUGUACAUUAACUUGAUGAAGGCAGCUGGAUGAUGAAGGCAGGAUUACAAAGGAAUAGGCAUAUAGCUUCACAUAGCAGGUAAACCUUCCUUGGCAGCUUCUAGACAUAUGCGUAAGCUUUUCCCAGGAAUCUUACAUCUGAAAAGGCAGCACUUGCCAAAUAAAUCUACUCUCUUCCAAGGAAAAGACCUGCUUUCUCAGCAAAGUGUGAAUGCUGUCAGUGGGCCAAACAUCCCUAAUGAUAUUUCAGCAAGCUUUGGGACCUGUAGAGAGGACACUAUUAUCUCUUUUCCAGACGAGCCACGUGAAACCAGGUGUUAAGUAAGUGAAGGCUACACAUGCUUCCAUUUCCUUCUGACUUUAGGGGUGCUCAAGAAACUGUUGAGGUUUAAUCACCGAAUCAAAUGCAGCUGGCUCACAGUUGGAUGCUACCAGGAUACUGAUGGCACUGCACCUAAACUUCACACUACGUUACCAAGAAUUUUGUUUUUUUCGUAGAUAAGAUCCUUUCUCGUAAAUUUGAUUGAUCCUUAGUGAAUUCAGCAGAUCUAAGGCUCAUGCGCCAUACCCCCAACAUCUUUCUUUGGCAAUCCCUCGUAGCCGCGUAAGAUUGUCUUCCAUGAACUUGGCCUUAACAGUGAGUCUGUAAGUGACUGUGGAGGCCAAUUCUGGAUCCACAUGUCCAUCCACAGUGGGGACAUUGGUUUCCGGGCAGGAGUUGAUCCUGGUGUGGAUUUGCCAAACACCCUUCCUCUUAGCACUGUUUCUUCCUGACUUCGAAAGUCUUCAAAGCCCAUCACACCUUUGGUCAAGGCUGUUCUCCAACUGGAGCACUUGCAGGCCAGUGUUUCCCAGUUGUCGGUGUUUAUACUACUUUUAAAAGAUUUGCCUUGAGACAAUCUUUAAACCUCUUUUGUUGACCACCAGUAUUACGCUUUCCAUUUUUAAGUUCGGAAUAGAGUAGUUGCUUUGGAAGACGAUCGUCAGGCAUCCGCACAACAUGACCAGUCCAACCAAGUUGAUGUUGAAGAAUCAUCGCUUCGACACUGGUGAUCUUUGCUUCUCCCAGUACACUGGUAUUAGUUCGCCUGUCUUCCCAAGUGAUGUGUAGAAUUUUUCGGAGACCCCAUUGACAGAAUCUUUUGAGGAGUUGGAGAUGGCGUUUGUAAGUGGUCCAUGUUUCCCAAGCAUACAGUAAGGUUGGUAGUAAAAUAGCUUUGUAAACAAGCAUUUUGGUUUCCCUGCCAAUGUCCCGGUCCUCAAACACUCUGCCCUUCCGUUAACCCCCAACACACACACACAUGCCUGCAUGCUCUUAGCUGACCCGCCACUCAUUCCUCCGUUGACCCUGAUAUAAGCUGGAGAAAAGGGACAUUCUAGGAAGCAUCGAUGGUCAUCUCUGCUGCUCCAACUGCCACUCCCUGUUUGGUUCCUGUACUUCAGAAGUUACGUGGACAGCCACCUAGAGUUAAGCAGCCUGUGGAUUGGGGACUUUUUAAACGCCACGAUGAUGAGUAAGCCCAUCUACAUUUCACUCCAGCGGAAGGGAGAGGCACCUCCGGAUAAAGAAAAUCGGGAGGAACCAGGAACAAAUGAAACCAUUUACUGCCAAGCCUUGGCUGAGACUCUGCACCAUAUUGCCCUGCCUGUGACGGUGGGACUCUACGCACCCUGGGGGAGAGGCAAGAAAAGGCUCUUGUGCGAAAUUGAAGAUCACAUGCGCUGGCGAAGCAAACAAAACGGAAGCAAAGCUGCAAGGACCACGUACUCCCUGCCUUUGUUCCUCUGGCACAUCAUCUUCGCGCACCCCCUUCUGCGCUCAGCAAAGCCUGAAGGCAUCCACUAUAUUUUCAUCAACUUCAAUGCCUGGGAAUACGCAGGAUGCGAUCAUACCUGGGCCGGCAUCGUCACAACACUGCUGGAUGAAAUCGAAGGCAAUUACAGGAUCCCGUUCAGCACUUUUCGGUCCUUUGGUGUGAAACUCAAGGAAGAGCCAGUUAUGCGGAAAAAGAAAUGGGCUUUGAAAGGAUGGAGCAAGCUCUUUUGGUUUGGCCUCUUGUGUCUGUUCCUUGGAUUGUUUUUGAGCACGGUGCUGACAAGGCUGAAAUCGGGCAGCGGUUUAUGGGAAAGCGUGGCAUACACAACAACAGUAGUGCUGGGCACAUCCACUCUGCCUUUUAUGCGCUGCACGAGAAACAUUUUCUUCACCCUGAAAAAGAAACUCCAGGCGAAAAUGAACGCCAAGGACCAGCUGGGCUUUAUGCACUUUGUGAAGGAAGAGGUGAAAACAAUCACUCAUUUCCUACAAUUCAUGGCGUUCGAGGAGGACCGAGAGAUCCGGGUGGUUCUGAAGAUCGUCAAUUUAGACCUCUGUACUCCAGACAAAGUGGUGGCCGUCCUAGACGCCAUCAAAAUCCUCCUUUCAGACGAAGACGCUCCUUAUAUCACCAUCUUGGUCGCUGACCCAGGAAUCCUGGUGGACAGCAUUCAGUCGUCAAAGACCACCUGCAGCAAUGGCUACUUGUACUUAAAUCGAAUCAUCUCUCUCCCUUUCUCCCUGCCCCGGAUGAGCUGCAAGGGCAAGAGGCAGAUGCUCGCAGGGAUUCUGAACAGAAAAAGGAAACGAGGGCAGGAUUCUGCUACUAAUCCGGAAACUUGGGCUCACAAGCAAAACAGCAAAGAGGUCAAAGAAGCCACGGGCUCGUUGGCCACAGAGGAAGUCCAGCACAUCUUCCAAGACCUAAGCCAUGAGAAUUUUGAAGACUACGUCCCAGGAAAUUUUGUCCAAAUGAACCGGGUCGUCAACACAGUGCUGACCAUUAGGUCCAUGCUUGACCUAGGAUAUAAGCCCCAAUCCGGACUGAAUGUCAGUAGGGAAGAUGGCAGGUUGGUGACCAAAGAGGUGGUCGAUUGGGUUAUCCUUGCCCAUUUUUGGCCUUGCCGCCUGAGCUGGAUUUUGCAGUGUGCAGAAGACGAGCAGCAGGAGGAAAAGCUCAUUGAAAGCCGGGCCAGGGGCUCGCAGCUGAAGCAAGGCCGUGGCAGAGGUGGAGGAGGAGAUCUGCAGGACAAAGCAGCCGAAAGAGAGAGCAAGGCCUUGUUGCCGUUUUAUGAGGACAAUGCUUUGGAGCUGGACAAGAUUAAGAACGAUGUCAGAAAACUUUUAGAGCUCGAUGGGGACCCUGAUCUUUUCCGAACCUUCUUGCAGAAGACCCAUUUUACGGUGGGGCGGGCCAGGUAUUUUUCCAACUUCCUCAUCAAUUUAGACUUCUCUCUGAAGAGGCAGUUUGAGUUGCAGCGGGGCCUGAAUCACAUAGUCCGGAGGAAAAACAGGGAGGGCGAGUCACCGUCUGCGGAGAAAAGUGCUGGGUUGAAAGGUGAAGGAUAA